GUUUGGCCAAACACUUCAGUAACGAUACCUCACAUUUGGUCGGCUUUCCCGACGCCUGGCGCGAGUCGGCCAGAGAUCAGCUGUUUAUUGACUGUCGACCAGAAGAGACGGUGCGAACAGUUCAUCAGUAUCUUCGAGUCGGACAGCGUUGACAUCACGUAUGACUUUGUGGAGGACAUACACGACGGCCGGGGCUAUACGUGCGGUAAGUUUGGCUUCACUACAGCCACCGGCGAUGCCUACGAAGUGGUCAACAAAUACACUGUUAAAAAACACGACAACCCUUUGGCCGAGUAUUUACCGGAGUUGAAGCGUUUGGCCAAACACUUCAGUAACGAUACCUCACAUUUGGUCGGCUUUCCCGACGCCUGGCGCGAGUCGGCCAGAGAUCAGCUGUUUAUUGACAUUCAGGACGAAGUGAGCGCCGCAAUGUCCUACAACCCGGCAAUGAAAUGGGCGGACUCGGCAAACAUCCGCACAGCGUUGGGCCGAUGCGCGCUAUACGACUGCAUAAUUGAGCAUGGUGGUGGCGAUGAUGGCGACUCCAUGCCAUCCAUACUGAACCGCACUAUCACUUUUCGCAAAGGUGUGGUCAAGUCGUCGGCCGACGAGCAGUAUUGGAUGCGAGCCUUCCUUGACAUGAGACUCGACGACUUCGAUCACCCGAGAGAUCAGAUCAAUAUUGACCACCAAAAGGGAUGGCACGACGACUCCGUACAGCGGGUCUACGCUAUGAUCACCCAAUUGAAUGAGUAUAAUAUGGAUUGGGAUGGGCCGAUACAUGUUAAGACUAAGGACACUGAUCAUGUUAUACCCAAAUAGAUUGUUAUG